UGACAUUCCAUCCAGCUGUAUUAUAACCAUGUCACUAACUAGGAGGUUUUUACGUAUUUAUACUCAAAUAAAACCAAUAAUACACGUUAACUACAGAUGUUCUAGUAGAAUAGUCGCCAGCCCUGAUAGUGAAAGUCGUCAGAACAGUAAUUUAUUUGGUUAUUUUGGUGCACUGACUGUUGCUGCAGGUUUCAUAGGUUAUGUUAGUUUGAGGAAGAAAUUGUCGGCCGCGACUGUAGUGAACAAUAAUUUAAAAGGUCGAAGAGAAAAGUAUAACUUUAUAGCGGAUGUCGUGGCGGUUUCCGCACCCUCUGUGGUGUAUAUAGAGAUAAAAGAUGGGAGAAGAUUUGACUUGUUUAGUGGUCAAAGUAUUACACUAUCAAAUGGUUCUGGUUUCAUAGUGAAGGAGGAUGGGUUGAUUCUUACAAAUGCCCACGUUGUGGUCAAUAAGCCUAAUGCUACGGUCAGUGUGCGGUUAAUGGAUGGAUCUACUCAUAUGGGCUUUGUUGAAGAUGUUGAUCUAAAAUCUGACUUGGCCACCCUGCGUAUCCCUGUCAAAGGCCUGCCGACCAUGAAACUGGGCUCCUCCUCGGACUUAAAGCCUGGCGAGUGGGUAGUUGCAAUGGGUAGUCCUCUAGCACUGAGCAACACCGUAACUGCUGGGGUUGUGAGUUCCACCCAGAGAGCUAGUGAAGAACUUGGAUUAAGAGGUAAAGACAUGGUGUACAUACAGACAGACGCUCCCAUCACGUUUGGCAAUAGCGGUGGACCACUAGUCAACUUGGAUGGUGAAGCAAUCGGCAUAAACAGCAUGAAAGUCACCUCGGGCAUAUCCUUUGCAAUACCCAUUGAUUACGUCAAGGAAUUCUUGGAGAAGAGAAAAACUAAGUCACCUCAAGUAUCAAGAAGGUACCUCGGCAUAACCAUGUUGUCUCUUUCACCCAAUAUUCUGAUGGAGCUGCGAAUGAGGAACCCAGAGAUGCCGAAUGACAUAGAUCACGGUAUUCUUGUAUGGAAGGUCAUCAUUGGAUCACCCGCUUACAACGGUGGUCUUCAACCCGGCGACAUAGUGACCAGUAUUAACGGAUCUCCGGUUCACAGUGCGACUGAUAUCUACACUCUACUCGAGAAGAGCACUGGCAAUCUGAAAGUAGACGUAGUUAGAGGGAGACAGAGGAUCACCCUUACCGUAGUACCGGACUUGCACGGCUAAAGGCAUAGAAUAAUAGGCUAUUGACAUGACAGUAUGAAAAAUUUGGACAAUGUUGAAUGUUCUAUUCUUUUAAACUUUCAUGGUCACUAACAUUAUAGCUAUUAACCCCAUAAAAUUUAAAGAAUAAUAUUGUUAUUUAAAGAAAAUGCUUUAAUCAUAGGACACGUUGUAAUACCAGGGGGCCAAUCGCCUAACGGAAAUGCUUUGGAAAACGCUAACGCUUACGAUUUUAUUUUGUUAUUUCUAGCCGCCUGAGGUAUUCAAAUGCCUCGCGCUCUUUCUUUUUUCUUUUGCAUUGGUAAUAACAAUAUUAAAAAAAAUGAGCGUGAGGUAUUCGAAAACCUCAGGCGGCUAGAAAUAACAAUUUCAAAUCGUAAGCGUUAGCGUUUCCCAAAGCAUUUCCGUUAGGCGAUUGGCCCCCAGCUGAUAUAUUGCCAAGAAGACGAUAGAUAUAACUUCAAAAUUAGCAUCAAUGUCAUUGUUUUUCUGCAACAUGACAUAAAUUUUCUCUAUUUGGCUUAAGAAUCAUUCCUAAUUCCCCAAAGAUGUCUAAAGGUACCUGAGUCAUUAACGCGAUUGUUGUGUUAUUUCGUAUGUGCAAAAAUUAAAAAAAAGUGUCGUUCCGCGAUCUGAUACUGUGAGUAUUGUGUGUCGGGAACGGGUGCGAGUAAAUAGUGAGAAUGUGACCAGUGGUAGGGGUAUUGAGCGCAGUAAAAGACGACGUCAGAGGGUAGACCGAUAUGUCUGCCAAUAACAUCUACCCGCAAUAGGAUAUUUGACAGUAUUAAAAAUAAAGUGCCUAUUGUUAGCAUCUGUGUUUAGAAUGAAUAUUGGCAGGGGUUUUUACUAUUUUUACAAAGAUAAUAUUCAUAAUUUUACUAAAAACCCACGAAAAAGAUGAUAGUUUUGUUAUCUAUUGUCACGUGAUCCAAAACGCUUGGGAUUGGCGGAGCCUAAAAUGACGUCACACGCAAGUAAACUUCCGGUUAAAGUGACAUUACAUCGUACCGUUUGACGUUUUAAUAACAGUCGUGUGACGUCACACACUAGUAAGACGCCAUAUUGUCCAGAGAAACGUUGUCGCGGCAACUUGAAAAUGGAGUUUUUGAUUUGGUUAUUUUUACUGAAAUACGCAACAGAAUGAUGAAUAUCCACUUUUUACGGACUCUUUAAACAUUAGUCAAUAACGUGAGAUCGUUUUCUAAAACUUGUCAAAUACCCUAUUACUUCAGUUACUCUGUGAUCAUGGCGCUUGAAACAGUGCCGAAAUAUCGGUGACUCAUAAAAACAAGGUGCAUGGUAACAAUCCCGUUAAUAGCUAUAAUGUCGAAUGUUUGUGACAUGUACACAAACCAAAAAAUAUUAUCUGAAGUAAAUAAAUGUACAGACCACAAAGGAUCGUCUCAGUAAGUACAGAUUCAUUUUGCCAUCACUAAAUACAUCGUUAUUCAUAGCAUCUUAUGUUCACCUCAUUUCAUGUAUAGAUACUGCUAAAUCUUGAAUAUUAGAGUUCUCAAGAAGAACAAGCUUGCCGUUCCAUGUUUCAGACUCCAAAAAUCAAGAGGUUCAUUUCUGGGUUGUAGUAUUGCAUUGUUUAAUAAAGUUCCCCUAGAUCUGAUUGAGCUUUCACCCACUAAAUUUAAAUGUCAGAUCAAAAAUACUCUUAUGAAUAAGGGCUAUUAUACAGUUGAUGAUUAUCUAAAUGAUCGUAAUGCAUGGACAUAGUGUUUCUUAUAAUUUGUUAUUAAAUGGGUAUUGGUCUUUUUUCAUAACAGUAAUAUUGUUUCUUAGGUUUUCACGCACAUCACUCAUUAAAUAAAACUAGUUUUUACGGGUUAAUGCACGAAACUUUAUUUAUUUAUUGACGUUUCGCAGCCUUUUCAGGUCUGCAUCGUCAGAAUAAUCAGUCAGUAAUAUUGUACCUAUCUAAUGCCGCUUCCUAUAUACUAAAUAUAAUGUUUACUAUAAAAUCAAUUGUAACUAUAUAUUUAUAUUCUAAAUGAUGUAAUGGAAAGUGACAUCAGACGUAUUUCUGAAGUCAUUUUUCAACUUGACGACACUGUAUAUAUAACACACAUACAGGGAGAAAAAAACAGCCCUUGCUGAGUUUCUUGCCGGUUCUUCUCAGUACAAGGUCUCCCGCUGUAGUUUUGCGAACCGAUGGCGUAGCUUCUUGACUUUCACAAGUGCUUGUAACAGCCUAGACUGAAUAAAUGACUUUUCAUUUUCAUUUUCAAUAUGUUUGGAAUUCUGCGAGUGGCGGCCUCUCAGACAACACAGAUCGUCGGACAGCACCUUCAGGUUGCCCCCUGACAAAGGCCUAUCAUAGUUAUCAGUAUAACAUAAAUAAAGCCUAUUGACAUUACAUGCUAUGUUUUACAGGUGGUUCAUUUCAUACAAUCCUGAGUAUGCCUGUGCAAUUUUUUUUACUAUCUAUUUGCAAUACGCUAUUCGACAGUAUGAAUAAUAAAGCACCAAUUGUUGGUAUCUGUAUUUAAUACGAACUAGCAAAACCAGUGAACCAAAUGUUCACCAAAAAAAAAAACAAAAAAAAGUGUAUUUAAUUAAUUGAGAACUUCGGAGAUUUUGUGUGGUUUCGUUUGAAAUAGAAAUCACGUGAUUUCUCGUAAACCGGAAGUGCUACGUUACUCACAUCCGGUUUGUAGUCUUAUCAGACUAUUCUUAACUUAUAACUUAAACAUUCUCUAUAUCUAUCUCUUACGGUUUGGCCGCUGAAACAGCACCACGGACGGACGGACGGACUUGUCUAUUAGAUAAGAGAUAUUAGCAGCGAUUUUACUACUCAAAAGAAAUAAAUAGUUAAUAACUUUUCUCAAAAAAAAAACAUUUUUGUAAAUAGAAUUUUUCUUCUAUGAUGACGUGACCGAUAACGCCCGGCAUUGGCGUAGACUGAAAUGACGUCACACGCUAGUAAACUUCCGGUCAAAGUGACAUUACAUAGUAUCGUUUGACGUUUUAAUGAUAGUCGUGUGUCAUCACACACUAGUGGGACGCCAUAAUGUCCAAAGAGGACUUUUUGGCGAGAUCGGAAAGCGUCACUUUAGCAGUUUUGUUUUUCUUGUUAAAAAUUGUGUUGUGGCGGAUGUUAGAAAUCAGAAAUCAGAAAUCAAUAUAUCUUUAUUCAAAUUGGAUGUAUAGUACAACUCUUUUGAAUCGUCCAAAAUUUUUUUUUCCCUACCACUCGUUAUGGACAUAUUUUUUAGCUGCGGAGAAAAACGAGCGAAAAAAACUCCACAACAUUAAAAGUCUAUGUAACAACAUUUACAAAUCAUUAUGUUGUUACAACGUCAAUACAAUUAUGAUUUAUUUAAUAUAGAAAACCUGUUGGAAUGAUUGGAACAGUUCAAACCCAAGCAUUUUUGUCUGUAAUAUAAUCAGACACUUUGUAAUAAGCUUUUUUAAUAAGUGUUUUUUUUAUAAUAUCUUUAAAUUAGUUAGUGUCUAAUAAUGGCGGAUUAUUAACCACUAAGUGUUCGGGCACUUGCACAAGUGUUGGCAAAUGAAACAGCGGAAAGUGUCUUUCGACGUUCACUCAAGAAGUCCACGGGGAGGUUCCAGUAAAUGCCCACACUUUUACUGAAAUAGGGAUAGGGGGUUUGACUUCAUUCAUUACUUUGACCACGAGUGUUAUAGUAUUUGUAAACAUUUUAACACUUGACAUUGGCUAAAAGCCAAACCGUGCGAAACAAUUAAGGAAAAAAUAUUUCCAAAGAAACGUUUUCGAGCCAACUUGAAAAUUUAAUUUUUGAUAUAGUUUUUGUUUUACCGAAAUACUCAACAAAAUGAUGAUUAUCCUUUUUUAUGGACUCUACAAACAUUAAUUAAAAGUUUCAACGGUAUAGAUGCACCGAUUUAUUUAUUUAUUGACAUUUCGUAUCCUGUAAAGGAUGCGUCGUCUGAAUAGGGUAUUUGACAGUAUUAAAAAUAAAGUGCAUUAUGUUAGCAUCUGUGUUUAGAAAGAAUAUUGGCAGGAGUUUAUACAAUUUUUACAAAAAAAAAAAAUUACUAAAAAUCCCACGAAAAAGAUAAUAGUUUUCUUAUCUAUUGUCACGUGACCCAAAACACUUGGGAUUGGCGGAGCCUAAAAUGACAUCACACGCAAGUAUCGUUUGACGUUUUAAUAACAGUCGCGUGACGUCACACACUAGUAAGACGCCAUAUUGAAAAUGGAGUUUUUGAUUUGGUUAUUUUUACUGAAAUACACAACGGAAUGAUGAAUAUCCACUAUUCACGGACUCCAUGAACAUUAGUCAAUCACGUGAAAUCGUUUUCUAAAACUUGUCAAAUACCCUAUUAUACGUAUCUUGAAAAGGAUGCAAAAAGUCAAUAAAUAAAUAAAUCAGUGCAUCUAUACCGUUGAAACUUGUUUUAAUUAAUGAUUGGUGUGCGUGAAAACCUAAGAAACAAAUAUAUCUACAGACAUUAGUAAAUAACGUGAGAUCGGUUUCUGAAACUUGUCAAAUACCCUAUUAUAAUCAUUUGCAAAGAAGGAAUAUUAAAAAUAAACUCUGGCUAGAUCGGUAGAAACUGUUCUAACCAAAAGCCAAAUUUGGCUAUAUGUAGUUAAAAAUAAUAGAAAAAUUACUUUACUUAGAGUUUGACACAUUUUUCUAAAGUGGAACUUUUUAUUAGCUGCAGUAAAAUGACGUUUUGUGGCUUUUCGAAGAAAAAUAAAUAGGGAUGUAGCUAAGUGAGUAAGUGAAUCAUUCAAUAAAUGAAUGAUCAGUUUGGUUUUGUUUUAGAGAUUUAUUAUUAAGUUGUUAUGUAUUUUUUUAUUCUAUUAUUAUUACUAUAGUUUAGGAUUGAUCUUUUUCAGUGGAAGUAUAGGGACGUAUAUCCAAAAUGAAACAAAAAUAUCAUAACAAUAUUAUUUAAAUACUAUUAUUAUUUUUCAAUCAUUUUCGGAAUCACUAUAGCUUUCGCUUUCGGUCACACUAAUGACAGUCUUUUAUUUAUAUGAAUAAUAAAUAGAAUUAAGUAUGAACAUUAUGAGUUAGUUAUGAAACGAUUAGAUUUUCUGUGAACCUAAUCACAUCCCUAUUAUAAUUAGACAGUUAACAUUAUUUUACGGAAUGACAUUGUGGAACGUCAUUUUACUGCAGCUAAUAAAAUGUCGAAGUAUAAGUAUUUGACGUGACAUUGACCAAUAGUCAAAUUUGACUAUGUAUCAAACAACACGACCUAAGUGAGACAGUAUACAUUAUUCGGCUUGUUUCAGGUUUCUUUUUCCAAGUUUUAUUUGGCGUUUCUUGUCGGUUCACUUUUGAAUUUUAUUUAUUUUAUUUUAUAUUUGGAUUGGACAUCGAAAAGUUUCCAAAAGAGAAAUAUUGUUUGUUUCAAAUGCUGACAGUUUUCAAAAUAGAGUUAAGAAGGUUUUUGCAUAUUUUUACUAAAUUCUUAUUUUAUGUAAAAACAUUGUUUUCCAACUUUCGAAACGAUUAAAAAAUGGUGCAAUUUCUAUCUCUUUCCAAUACAUUUAUCGGGUUUAUUAGUAAAAAUAGGAGAGACAGAAUGCACGUUGUUGCUAUCUUAGCAUUCCUUCUAUGUAAAUUAUUAUUUAGAGGCUAAAAAGAAUAAGGGGGUUUUCUGAAAUGGCGCUCGCCAGAUUUUAGCACUGAACCGAAAGAAACCUCAUCUGUCAAAUCGCAUAUCUAGGUAUAUUGUCAUUUCCUAUGAAUUAAUUUAAAUUUAUAAAUCGAUGAAUUCGCGCCAAAAACUUUAUCUAAAAACACCCAACUCCAACUGGAGUCUGGGGGCCAUUCGCCUAACGGAAAUGCUAUGGAAAACGCUAACGCUUACGAUUUCAUUUUGUUAUUUCUAGCGGCCUGAGGUUUUCAAAUGCCUCGCGCUCUUUUUUCCUUUUCUUUUGCAUUGGUAAUAACAAUAUUAAAAAAAAAAUGAGCGUGAGGUAUUUGAAAACCCGGUUUGGCGGUCAGAAACCACAAAAUAAAAUCAAAAGCGUUAGCGUUUUCCAAAGUUUUUCCGAUAGGCGAAUGGCCCCCUGGUGGUGUGAAUUUCUUUAAAAACCUCAUUAUAAUAAUACUCAGAAACGUCUAAUUAAUCUCUCAUUAAGUCUCAUUCUUUUGUCAUCGCAAACAUAAGGUAAGGACAGCAUCAAACUUCAAAGGAGAUUGCUCAGCUUCCAUACAUGUUUGGCCUAAAGACCAAUAAUCAUAAAAAAUUGUUUCCUAGAUUCGAAAUUAUAUAUAAAUUACUGUAGAAACGAAUAUUAUUGACGGACACCCCUGAGAACUUCUAUAAACCAUAUACACUGAAUGUUUUGGAGGUUGUUUGCAAAUAGGUACAUAGGUAUUAAAAUAAUAAAAAGAAAUAAAUAACGAAAUUAUGUAUUAGAUUCAGGUAUAUAAAGCAUGUAGAUUAAUAGAUAGUUGCCUGUUUUUAAAGUUAAUGCAUAAGAGUAACUUUUAAAAUCAGGUAUCAUCUAUGCAUUUCCGGUUAUAAUAAGCUACUCUGUGACAGAAAAUGUGUGUUAUAUUUUGUGAAUGAGCCACAGAUUAAAGAGAAUUUUUAACUCUCGUUAACUAAAGAAAGCUUAUUAUUUUUGUUAUGUUUAUAUUAUAACCAUAUUUUAGAUUUUUAGUGUAUCACACCUUAUAAUGUGUUUAUGGAGGUGUUUGGCGAAAAAUGUAUGGCAAUAGGCUUUAUGAUGUCGCCUACCAUCUAUAAUAUUUGUCUUAGCACAUUUGCAUGUAGUAAAAAUGAUAAUAUACUUGUGGAUAUUAAUACCACAGUUUAGUUAUCUUUACAUAAUAGAUUUGAUUUUAUGUCACAUAAACAACUUCGAUCACUCUUUGGCUGAAUGUUACUACACCUAUAGCCAUUAAAAAUGAUUCGUAUGUUUUCCAAACCGAUAAAAAUAAAAGUCCUUUUUAAAAUGAAUAUAUUAUACAAAGGUGUCCGUUAAAAUCUAAUGACUGUAAAAUAAAGUAUAAAUUACUCCAAGAAUUACCGUAUAUAUCAGUAUUUUUUGUACAUUUAGGCCAAUUUGAGCAAUCUUCCUGAUUGAUUUUUUUUUAUUUAAAUAGCCAGGUAGGCAAAUGACUCUACCCCACCUGAUGUUAAGUGGUGAUACAGUCCAAACGCGAAGAUAGCUGGUACAGUAGUUAUAAACUGCCACACUAGAUGUUUUAUCUGGCCGCAUUGUUUAAUACAUAAUUAUAUGUGACUAAAGUAAGUGUGAAAAUUUGACUAACUAAAUAUUAUAGAGUCUGUGCGGAAAGAGAAUGGGAUUUAGAUUGGGGGGCGCUGUAGUGCUUUUCUACCGUAUUUGUAAGGUUUUACCCCUUUUAGACAUGAUUAAAUAUAAAAAACCGCAAGAAAUCACAACAACAAACAAAUCCGUAUCAAUACAAAACUUAGACGUUUUACAGAUUGCUGGGUUUGAUUGCCAAAUAAAAAUCUUAAUGUUAGUUCCGUUUUUCGCCACGCCCAUUCUCUUUCCGCACUGACUCUAGACAAAGUGAUUAUUUGUUAAAAUUUUCACACAUCACACUAUCACACUAAUAUUAUAAAGGCGAAAGUUUGUGAGUAUGUGAGUGUGUAUGUUUGUUACUUCUUCACGUCUAAACGGCUGGAGCGAUUUUAAUAAAAUUUGAUAUGGAGUUAGCUGACACCCUAGAUAGGGUACUUUUAUCCCGAAAAAAAUGUUAGUUUCCAGAGGUAUUUUUAAAAAACUAAGUUAACGCAGACGAAGUCGCGGGCGACCUCUAGUUUUCUAUAUAUUUGACGUGAUAUUGACUAAUAGUCAAAGGAGACCCGGCACUUUUCAUAGAAAAAAUGCUAAACUUGUAUACAGUUGAAUUUGGUCUCAAAAUAAAGCCAAAAUUAUUUGCUACAUAAAACUACUUUUGUCUUAUUUUUAGUGAAUCGUGGAAAGAAGUUAUUUAAUGAUUAAUAUUUUUUGAUAUGGAAACCCUAAGUCUUCAAGGGACAGAAUUUUACUUCAAAAUAUUACUCAAGUGACUGUAAAAACCAUGAUUCCUUUGCUUUUUCUAAAUAAAAAACCAAAUGUCAAUUUGACAAUCCUAAAAUACAAACAAAAAAUCAUUCGCAUUUCGCAUCCGCUCCCGCGUACUGUGAUUGUGAAUGUUCUCUGCUGUGAUAUCCUUUUUAUCCGUUAUUUCUCUUGACGACCCGGCUACAUAUAGAGGUUAUAUUGACAAACCUACGUAUUUGACAUUGACAGCUAGCUGCUGAUGACAAAUAUUGCCAGACUACGUUACCCAAUUAUGAAACACAGAUAAAAAAAUUAAAAAAAGUAUACAACGUUGGCACAAAAUGCCGGGUGUCCUUUAGCGGUGUAUUAAACAACGCGGCCUUGGUGCAACCGUUAGACUGAAAAACCUACUUACUGACAAAAACAAACAAUAAAUUAAAACAUGCCCCAAUACGAGCUUGGUGUAAAUACACUCUUUACUCAUUUGCAAUAACCAACUUACCGCAUUGAUAUCAUAACUAGCAAACCAGUGAACCAAAUGUUCACCAAAACCCGCAAAAAAAAUGUAUCUAAUUAAUUGAGAACCUCGGAGAUUUUGUGUGGUUUCGUUUGAAAUUCGUGAUUUCUCGAAAACCGGAAGUGCUACUCAAAUCCGGUUUGUAGUCUUAUCAGACUAUUCUUAACUUAUAACUUAAAUAUUCUCUAUAUCUAUCUCUUACGGUUUGGCCGCUGAAACAGCACCACAGACAGACGGACGGGCGGACUUGACUAAUAGAUAAGAGAUUAACUGUUAUAGUCUAUCCUGUAACCCGCAUAUGACUUGCCGUCAAACCACAGUCUAGUCGCUGAAUUUCGCAAAUAACAAUUGAUUUUCGUCCUGGGGGUCAAUCGCCUAACGGAAAUGCUUUGGGAAACGCUAACGCUUACGAUUUUAUAUUGUUAUUUCUAGCCGCCUGAGGUUUUCGAAUACCUCACGCUCAUUUAUUUUAAUAUUGUUAUUACCAAUGCAAAAGAAAAAGAAAGAGCGCGAAGCAUUUGAAUACCUCAGGCGGCUAGAAAUAACCAAAUAAAAUCGUAAGCGUUAGCGUUUUCCAAAGCAUUUCCGUUAGGCGAUUGGCCCCCUGGAAAUGUAUUACAAUGUAGUCUCGUUGAAUAUUAUUUUAAUAAAGGCGAAAAAUAACGUUACAUAAUGGAACAAGCAAUUUUAUGUGACCGUACCUACAUGAAAAACCUUCGAAAAAUAGAUACUUUUUAUUAGAAUUAUCUUUUAUGUAUGUAGGUACCUAAUGCAUUCACUUUAGUGCAUGUUUUAAUAAUGUAAUAUUUUAAGUGGGAAAACAUAAACACAGUUGAACAAAAUUUCGCGUGCGUCUGUAUUAAUAACCACACAAUAAAGGUACAAUGACCCAACGAUUUCAUUUUAUAAUAAUAAGAAAAUCUUUCCUGUUCCACUCUAAGCUGAAAUCCAAUUUGCCACGCAUUAACGGCCCGUAUUUUGACGUGACAACGUCUUAAAUUAGGUUGCGGCUGGGAGUCACUUAUGAAAAAGUGUAACGCUCGGUAACGUUACGAUGAGUUUAAGUUUACAUGUACAAUGUUUUAGUAAACAAAAUAUAUUUCUAUAGUUAAAAUUUGUGCAAUUCUUAUUUUCAUUCAAUUCCUUGUUCCUAUUGUGCAAUUUAAUUAUAUUCAUAUCAAUAAAUAUUCUACCGAGAAAAAGACGUUGUCACGUAAAAUCUUCGCCCGUAAAACCGACUUUACAGGCAACCAUUUUUUUUGUCACAAAUUAUUAUAUUGUGUUUAUGAAAAAUUGUAAACUAUAUUUAAAUCAGAAUUAACAAACGAAAAUAAAAAUAAAUAUUAUAAACGUUUCAACUUCAAACUUCAACAAACUCAUGAAAAAUAGUUUGACACUCUUGUAAACGCCUAGUUUUGUAGAACCUCUACUUGUAGAACCUCUUCUUGCAGAACCUCUACUUGCAGAACCUAUACUUGUAGAAUAUAGGUCGCCUAUCAGGACGUGGGUACACUGUUGCUCUAUGAACUGAUAUGUUGUAUUUUACACCAUACCAAUAUACAUUAUGCAUGUUAUAUGUCAAUAACAAGCAAUGUAAAAUGAACUUUCAUUGUAAAGCACGAAGUUUAAAUUUUAUUUAGCAACUUUCGGAAGGUCAAUUUUAUAUUUUUGUAGGUUUUAGUGAUAUUUGAUAAGUUGUUUUUAUGUAGUUAUAUUAUUGUUUGUAGCUGUAAGUUUGUAUAAAAAUUGUUUAUAAUUAAAUGAAUUAUUCAUAAGGCACCGCUUUUAUUUAAAUGUUAUAAUACAACAUAUAUUUGCACCGGGGCUCCUGUCA